CGAGCUGUCAAUGUCAAUAUCUUAUUUGCGAAAUCUUGUAAAAGAUUGCGAUUCUGCCGGUAUUUUAAUAAAUCGCUGGCUUUACCACAAAAGCUUAUUUAAUAAAACGUGAUAAUGGCAGCUGUAGAAAUGCCAGAAGCCCUGAAGCCGGUCAGCUGGCUCGCCGGCCGCUGGAAGACUGAGAGCGGCUCCGGAAAGUACCCCAACAUUCCGGAGUUUCACUACCACGAAGUAUUGGAAUUCACCUGCAUCGGUCAACCAAUGCUGAACUUCACCUCCACAUCCCGGCAUCCGGAGAAGCAGACCCCGAUGCACCAGGAACGAGGCUUCCUCCGCAUCAAGCCCGGCUCCGACCAGCUCGCCUUCAUCGUCAGCCACAACUUCGGGCUAACCUCACUCGAGGAAGGCCAAGUUGAACCGGAGACUCAACAAGUUGUCCUGACUUCUACUAGUAUUUCCCGGAUGUCUUUUGCGAAGCCACCGUUCGUUAAAAGCUUGAAGCGAGUGUGGAAGCUUUUGGAUCCUGGCACACUGGAAGUUACUGUUUAUAUGGAGACUGAUGACACACCACUCACUGAGCAUCUGAAGGCUGUUUAUACCAAAGAAUCCUAAGUGUAGUCUAAGCAAUAUUUAUUUUAUGUAUAAUGGUGGAGCAUUAUAGCACCUCUCAAUUUAUUUGUAAGCUUUAGAGAGCCAAAUUGUUUGUUUUUUUCUAUAAAUGGGCUUACUCAUGGCCAUAGAGUAGCCGAGGCGAAGAUGUGGCUACAAUGGAGCAAACUUGCUUCUCUUCACACUUUAUUUGAAGGUUGCAGACAUAUCUUCCAGUAUAUUCAAAGUAGAUUUUGCGAUAUUUUUAUUAGAUCUGAACUAGUUGGCAAUAUUGUACUACUUGCACACAUCUUGCAAUACUUCUAUAAUGUUGCAGCACUAAAGGACUGAAUAAAUAAAAGACUUGUCUAAUUUA